UUUAACACCAUCCUGAUGUUUCCGACAGACCUUGCAAGAUACUACAGCUACCGUCUAUAAAACAAAGUUAAAGGGCUUAAAUUCACCCCUUAACUUGAUGGCUAAUUUUUUACAGCUAUAAAAUAACGCAUUUGUGCUUAUUGAAAAUAACACUAACAAACACGACUAAUUUUUCACCCCUUAAAACCUUUAGAUGUCUGGCCCUCUUUCAUCUCUAAUAAGAAAAGAUCGACGAGUCCAAAACAAACGUUAAAGCGUUUAAAAUCAUUCUGCUAAAAAAAAUAUUCCUUAAAACAUCUCAAAUAGAACAUUAACAAAUACAGAUAAUGUUUUUUUAUUCUUUUAAAGACCAUUGAAACCGUUUUGCGCCGUUUGGUUUGCGACAAGAUGUUUUCACAUUGUGGUUGUAAGAAACAGACGGUUCUAUCCAUCAUACCACAUCGGCCCUAUCAGCAUAACGGAACAACCCCUCCACAAUGACGUCAGCAGAUCCCCCAGUACCUGGUAUUUCCUCUCAUGACGAACUUCCCCACUUAAAAGCUUUUAACCGGAUAUCUCCACGGUCCCAGGCCCCACUUCUAGGCCUCUCAGCUGAGGCGGUAGGAAGAGCUGCUUUUGAGGAACGCAGGGAAAAGCUUCUCUUCCUUUAGUUGUACUCUUCCUCAAAGCAAUCUGUUUCUGUACAAGAUGGCUGCCGAGGACUUUCUGGGUUUCAUGCAGUCAGGUCAAAGUGAGAAUCUCGGACGGGCCAGGAACUGGACGGACGCAGAAAUGAAGGGCCUCGUCUGCGUGUGGGAAGAGUUCUUCACUGAGCUCCGGAAGGCCAAGAGGAACGCCAAGAUCUACGAGAAGAUGGCCAAGAGGUUCUUGGAGCUCACGGGCGAGCAUCGCCGCAGAGAGGAAAUUAGGAUGAAAAUAACUAAUAUGACUGUCCAGUACAGGAAAUUGAAGUGUGUGACUAACGGCAGCACCCAGUCGCCUGAGUGGCCGUACUUCAGGGCCAUUGACCGGGUACUGUCCCAGACCCUUGAAUCGAAUAGUCUGCCCAGCUGUGACCUCCAGCCAACACCACCUCCAUCCACACCCCAGCCCGAGUCCAAGUCUGUGCCCACUGAGUCCUGCCCCCCAGGUUUUAUUCCAGAGUACACAGGAUCUUCUGAGGAACAGGAGCUUCCAGAAGAGGGGGGGCAUUCAGAGAGCUCAGCCAGCCAGCAGUCGCCGGAGUCCAGGUCACCUCAGGCACCCAUCAGGAAGAAGAUGCAGCUGAGCCUGAAAAGGAGGAAGCUGCGUGUCCUGGAAGCCAUGCUUCAGGAGCAGAGAAAGGCAGGCCGCAACCUGGAGGAGGUCUGCCAGGAGGUGCGGCGUGUCAUGCGCCAGCAGAACCACCUGCAUUUACAAAACUUGCAGCUCCAGGAGCGCACGAUGAACCUCCUGGAGAAGAUGAUCUCACCGCCCACACAGACCCCGGCCUGGGUCUCUACUGGAGCCAGGGAGCCUGGGCCAAGCCAAGCCUGAUCAUGUAGCAUCACCCCACCCACAUGCACACAGACACACUUCAUGACACUAAAAUGUCGCUUGUUGCAUGUACAACAGGCUUAAGUAGCAGUGAGAUCUACAGAAAUAUCUACAUACCAGUGUUCCCCAAUCCGGAUCUCGGGGACCCAUAGUUGGUGGGUUUAGAACUUUGUCAGUUUGACAUUUCAGAGCUUUGUACCUACAUUUUCCAGCCACACAUCUUAAACGUAGUUCCAUUAACUGGUUAACAGCUGUUUCUUGCAUUUGUUGACGGUACUGUAUAUUCAUUUUUAUUUCAAUUUAAUCUGGCCAUGUGUCUCUGGCAUAUGCAUCUUUUAUACAGACCAUAUUUUUGUUUAUUAAAAAAAUCUUUGAUUAAUACAAACAAAUACUGAAAUUAAAAACAAACUGC